AUGGACAUACCCGUGGCGGAAACUGUGUUGGGGACUCUUGGCGCAGUUUGUUGGUCUAUUCAGCUUCUUCCCCAAAUCAUUAUCAAUUACAGACGGCAUAAUACCGAAGGUCUCCAGGGUUCAAUGAUGCUACUGUGGGCCGCAGCAGGUGUCCCUCUUGGGGUGUACAACAUUGUGGAAGAGUUCAAUAUCGCAUUAAGAAUACAGCCUCAGAUACUGACAGCUUUGAGCCUUGCUACUUGGGGCCAAUGUCUUUACUAUGGAAAAGGAUAUUCCGUCACCAAGUGCAUUGCCGCGGUCGCUCCCCUUCUUAUUAUCUUCGGUGGCAUUGAGACAGGGUUAAUUUUUGCACUAAAAGAAGCAAAAACUCAUCAUACAAGAUGGCCCCUUAUUUUGAUGGCCGUUUUAAGUGCAUCUCUGCUUGCCGCAGGGGUACUGCGUCAUUACUGGGAUAUUUAUGUUCACCGAACCGUGCGAGGGAUCAGCUUCUUUUUCGUUGGAAUCGAUGCUGCCGGUGAUCUUUUCUCACUCGUGUCUGUUCUGUUUGGAUCCACUAUUAACAUACUUGGCAUGGUUAUUUACGGGACUGAGCUGGCCCUUUGGUUAGGCAUAUUUGCCUGCGGUGGCGUAUUCAAUCUCUUGCCUUGGCUUCGGAUGCAGUCAAAGAAGGCUGAGACUUCCCAGGAACCUAUAUCUCUCCACCAGAUGCCUUCAUCAACCUCUGUGUUCAGAACUGCAUCUGGGUCUGAGGUAAUAGAAAGACGAGGCUGGCCGCGUGCAUCUUGA